AUGUCCACAUUGCUAUCACUUCCGCCCGAGAUAUUCAACACGAUCGUUGCAGAGGUGUCCGGGCGCGAUGUAACGAGUAUACGCCGUGUUUGCCGACGCACGAAUGCACUAUCAAGCCAUCAAUUCGGACUCAAAUGUCUCGCAGAUCUAUCGUUCAUCUGGUCUUCGUAUAGUCUGCAAGGACUACUGAAUCUCAGUAGGCAUCCGUUG